UGAACGCGCACAAGUGAGUGUUUGAUCAAACUUGUCGGCAGCUUUCUGUAGUCAUGAGACCUUAACGCGAGCAGCUCCAGCUUCAGAAUCUUCUGCACGUUCAGUUAAUCUUCAGUCUUAGUCUUUGCUUGAACUUAAUGUCCAAUUGUGGAGAGUUUCACGCUUAACAGUACUUUUCAACAAGAGUUUGUCGCUUAAUGGGUGGACUUUAUGAAGUAACAUCAGCAGCUGCCUAUUUAAAGGGCUGACCCAUGUGAGGAGAGUGGAGUUCACACAUACACAUACACACACACACAUGGACGGCAUGGCGUCUUUCUCCAGCACCUGUGGCUCUACGGUGGACCGGGCAUCCCACCGUAGAGGAGAAGACAGACAGGGGACACCCAAUGACAGUGACUGCAGUGCUGUGCUUGAGAAGACCAGAGAGUUCUUCCAGAUUUGUGACAUCGAGGGCAAAGGCUUCAUUACACGACGCGACAUGCAGAGGUUAAAUGGAGAGCUUCCUUUCAGUUCUGAUGAACUUGAGAACGUCUUUGAUACUCUGGACGCAGAUGCCAACGGAUAUCUGACCUUCGAGGAGUUCUCCUCCGGCUUUAGUGAAUUUAUGUUUGGUCCAGGUGUGGUGUCAGUAGAUCCACAUGCAGAUGAGAAGCCGGUCUCAGGAACGACUCCGGAAGUGCUCUAUGAAAGCCAAUGGGAGGAGAGACUCAGCAGGGGAGAGGAUGACGAGGAGAAGCACUUCUGCAUGCUAAUGGAUAACCUGGGGGCAAGCAACAUCUUUGAAGAACCAGGAGAGGUGCGGAGUCUUUGGGUGCAGCUUAGAAAAGAUGAGCCUCACCUCCUGUCCAAUUUUGAGGAGUUUCUUGCCAGGGUCACUUAUCAAAUCAAAGAGGCCAACCAGGAGAAGAAAGAGAUGGAGACGGCCCUUAAAAGGAAAGCGGCGACACAUGAUGAUGAAAUCCAGAGGCUGUAUGAAGAAAUGGAGCAACAGAUCAAGAAUGAGAAAGACAGGAUACUUUUAGAGGAUUCUGAGCGGUUCUUGUCUCGCAGUCAGGACAUGGAGCAUCAGCUUUCCACCAAAGAGAAAGAGCUGGAAAUUCUUUCUAACAAACAGAAACGGCUGGAGCAUCAGUGUCGAGAGCUGCACAGCGAGCAGCGGGAGACGGCCGUGGAGAAUGUUAAACUAAAGCAGUAUAAUGAGGACUUGGGCCGUGAGCUGGAGCACACCACCCAGGAGCUGAGUCUGGCCCAGGAGCAACUCAUGCUGCUGCAGGAACAGGCCUCGCGCCUGAACGAGGAGAGAGAGAUGGAGAUUUAUAGAGUUACAGAAAGCCUACAUAGAGAGAGGGCAAGUCUUCUUAAGCAGCUUGAUUUGCUACGAGAAAUGAACAAACACUUACGAGAUGAAAGAGACAUGUGCUAUCAAAAACCAAAUACUUCUGCUGCAAAACUCUCAUGGAAACAGAGGUCUGAAUCAAUUACUAUGAAGCACUCUGAGCGGAAGCAGUCAUUUAAGAGCGAUGAGGAUGAAGAGGUUCUGCCGCAGUCGAAGCGGAAGAACGUGAUUGGCGUAAAUGGCCACAGUAUGGACCUGGAGGACAUGGUAGAUGCACGACCUCCAUCAAAACACAAGCUCCAGAGGAUCAUCUCCAUCGAGGAGGACCAUCUUCCUCAACUCCUUCAACAGGGUUAUCAGGCCCAACUCCGAGAAUGGAGUGAAGAUGAAGAGUUGGAAGAGGGCAUGGACCUCCAAAUGAGCAACAUUUACCCCACAACCAGCACUCCGACCUCCGUUUCACCUCCUCCAGGAGUCGCACCCACACCCACCUCGCCCAGAGGACAGCCUGUGGGCAAAGAGACAGUGCAGUCGGAGGAAGGGGCCAGUUCAGGUCCAGAUCGUCUGUUCAAGAUUGUUAUGGUGGGGAAUUCUAGUGUGGGAAAAACAUCUCUUCUACGUCGCUUCUGUGACAACUGUUUCCACUCUGGUACAUGUGCUACUGUAGGUAUUGACUACAGUGUGAAGACUCUGACAGUGGACAGUAGCCAGGUAGCCUUGCAAAUGUGGGACACAGCAGGACAGGAAAGGUAUCGCAGCAUCACUAAGCAGUUUUUUCGUAAGGCUGAUGGUGUGGUAGUGGUGUAUGACAUCACUAAUGAGCAGACGUUCACAGCAGUGAGACAGUGGCUGGUCAGCGUGCAGGAGGGAGCAGGUGAGGACAUUCCCAUCAUGCUCCUGGGGAACAAGACUGAUCUAGAUGGACAGAGAGAGGUUCCAUUGGGAUUGGCUGAGAAGUUAGCCAAGGACUUUCAGUUAAUUUUCUAUGAGUGCAGUGCUUUUUCAAGCAACAAUGUGACCGAGUCCAUGAUCCACAUGGCAAGAGUUCUGAAAGACCGAGAGGACAGAGAAAAAGAGAAAACCGUGUCACUAGUAGAUAGCCACGCUAAGAAGAAGUCCUGCUGCUAGUAGAAAGUCACCCAUAAACACUACAGAUCUUUCCAACCUUUUUUGCUUCUGCAUUUUAGUAUGGUUUGGUGUUAAUGCUGAUCUGUCCCCCCCCCCCCAUUCUCUUUUUGUAUGUCCACUGUGGAGUUCAAAUUGUUUGUUCUUUUUAUAUACCAGUACCGGUACCUCUUUACAGUGUGAAACAGACAAUUUUUACAAUAUCAAUUAGGUAUAGGGCUUUAAGUAGAGCACUAUAGUUUUGUAUAUUACUACAGUUGUCAAACGUUUCCCUGUUAAGGUCAUUUAAAUCAGCCAUCACACUAUUGAAGUAAACAAACCUUUAUUUUUGUAUUGACAGUUGUUGUAAUUUAUCUUUUUAAUAUGAAGGUCUAAGAAAGUAUGUUUUAAAUGAGCAAAAUAAGCUCCUACAUGCUAGUUUGUUUACAGCACAGUCAUUUGCACAAAUGUGUUAUUUAUUACUUAUGAUGAAUUGACUUAUUCCUUUAUUAUUCCUAGCAAGAAGACAUAUUCUGAAAAAUGGCUCUAAUUGCUGUAAUCAGCAUGAAUAUUUUUAAUACACUGCCAUGCAACCAACAUAAGGUUUGCAUAAGGAUUCGGUUUUAACAGGAUUCAGUGUUGUUCGCUUUACAGUACUGAAUAAACCAAUGAUCUGUAUAAAUAGAUUUAGUCUAAUAUUGAUUUCAGAUUACUUUUUGUAUUUUAUGUAUUGUGGCAACAGUAAUGUGUGUUUGUGUAUGUAUAUAUAUAUAUAUAUAUAUAUAUA